CCGCAACGCACCGCACCGCACAGCCAUUAGCAUUCUUUGCUGCUGAAUCUUGUACAUACUCGAUACAUCGACGGUAUGCGCAAACCAUAUGCCCGGGUCCCCAAUUGCCUCCAGCUUGCCAAUGAUGAGCUCCACGGACAAUUGGCACGGACCUCAGCGGAUCCGCAUCAUCUGCCUUGCCCUUGACCUGAGCAAGAUCAAAUCGCCAUCACCGGUCGACACAACCAUCCUCUGCAAUGGCAUCCUUCUCCAGUCUCCCCAAUGAGCUGCUCGAGCAAAUAGUCGGCCGUCUUUCACAGCAUGACACGUCUUCGUUUUGCCGCCUCAACAGCCAUCUCCACACACUGGCUACUCCAUUCCUUUACCGCCAUGUCGAUCUCUUCGUCCCGCCCAGCAACAAGCUCCCAAGGAUUGAUUACUUUUGUCUGAACAUCCUCAAGGACAGCAGAAAAGCCAGCAAUGUCAAGUCGAUCCGUCUGGGCGUGUCCCCUGGUGAAAGCAUUACUCAAGGCCAGCAACAGCUUCCGCACGAUAGCUCUUUCGACCAUGUCUACCUACUCCAAAAGGCCAUGGACAUUUGGACCAACGAGACUAUGUUUUCUACCCAUGCUCACCUGAAAGAGGCACUUGAACUACGCGAGUAUUCUGCGUAUGCAGCACUCAUCAUCCUAGUCCUCCCAUCGCUUCAACAUCUACACGUAACCGACUGCAAGUCUACCACGUAUGACUAUCUUCAAGCUUUGCCGGAUACCCUAGCUCCCGAACCAUUAGGAACUCCGCGCUUUUUGGCUCAGUCCCUUGUCCGUCGCCUGUCAUCCAUCACACAUACAUCUCUUGUCUUUGACCAAACAAGAGGCAUAGCAUACCACAACCCAAAUAAUUACCUCACGGCUGAUCAUUUUCUUAAUCUCCCUAAUAUGAAAUCCCUCGAGCUUUCAGUCCGAGGCGGAAAGCGUCAUCAAUCCACGCUCGGAACUGACGUUCCCCUCAUCCGGCGCAUCAGACCGACUAAUAUUACUACGUUGGUCUUCCGCCAUUCGGGCGCUUUCAUCGAAAGUACGCGCUCUCUUUUUCAAUGUAUCCCUAGGCUACGCUCACUCACCUACGACUUCCUCUUCGACGGCUUCAGAGUAACACAUCCUGUCGUCGAUCUAGCCGCCUGGUGCGACUUGUUACAACCCUUUCAAUCCACGCUUGAGAUUCUUGUCUUCAGUAUAGAAUAUUGCAACAAAACCGGCUGGUUCGACCACCAACCCCAGGUCUCGGAAAUGCUGCAUGGUUGCCUUGAUAUGACGCACUUCCCCAAACUUCACACUCUGGAAGUCCCACUUCCCUUCUUGACUGGAGACUCCGAGUUUUCCAUCGGAACACAAGUCGCCCCUCUACUCCCACCAAAUCUGCGGCAUCUUAUCCUGCGCACCGAUCUCUCACAUGCUCAGCAUGUGUUUUCUUUGAAUCCAUCCUUUGUGCAAAAUGGCCUCUCGGUCAAAGCGUCGCAGCGAAUCGCGCACUACCUAAUGUUAGCCCGAAGGGAUGUUUCGUACAUAUAUCAGACCUCUCUCACUCUACUCGACCAGGCAACAGCUCUUGAGUCGCUAUCCAUAUGGCAGCCCGCCGAUCCUUCCCUUGCCUGGCUUGACAGCCAAGUUGAGGAUUUUGCAACGACUUGUCGCAACAAAAACAUUACCGGCAAAAUUCUGAUACCAAUGCUGUUAAGGUGGAAGAAUGCUGCGCAUUGGGAUCUUAUGCAGGAGAAAGUAGUAUUUGAUAGAGAGGCUCCAGGGCUUGGGCCUGGGACAAGAUUCUGGAGGAAGGAGUGGGAGGGGAGGCCAGUGGGAUUGGCAACCCAGUAUCUCUCAUAUGUGUUAGAAUUUCAUCCGGUAAAAAUCUAUCUCUAGAGAUCAAUUCAACAGGUCGUCACCUCUGCUCCA